CCCCCGCCCGUUGGUGAGGAUGGAUGAAGGCGGAAGCAGCUCCAACUGUCGCCGGCUCACAGGCGUCGUUCGGCCGCCUCUGAUCCAGCACCACAGCGCCGGGCCGGGCCGUGCGGGAUGAGGUCCCGCAGUGGAGUCACGCGCAGCCGCAGAGCGCCGCCGCGCUGUUGAAUUGUUGUAGCGGGACAUACGAGCGGGACUCGGGAUGGGGUUCCUCCAUCAGCUCCACCUUCUUCUGUGGAAGAACGUCUCUCUGAAAAGAAGGGGGCCGUGGGUUCUGGCCUUUGAGAUCUUCAUCCCUCUUGUUCUCUUUUUCAUCCUCCUGGGUCUGAGGCAGAAGAAACCAGCGAUUCCUGUCAAAGAAGCUUUCUACAGCGCUGCCCCACUCACCUCAGCUGGCAUCAUUCCCAUCAUGCAGUCGCUGUGCCCUGAUGGACAAAGAGACGAAUUUGGCUUCCUUCAGUACAAGAACUCUACUGUGACACAGCUGCUGGAACGGCUCAGUCAGGUGGUUGAACAGAACCGACUCUUCACGUCUGACCGACCUGGUCUGGGCCAGGACCUGGAGAACUUACAGCAACACCUGGAGGGUCUCGGCUCCACCCCUUUCCCACCCGACUAUAACUUCAGCAAGAGCCCAGAAUUCACCUUGGCCAGUGUUUUAAAGAACCAGACACUUUUCCAGCAGUUUCUGGUCAGGAACCUUUCCCUGUCCAGCUCCACAGCCAGCGCGCUGCUCAACUCCACUGUCAGCCUCGGGGAGAUGAACAGCCUCAUCUUUGGUGAAUUUCUCAGAGAUGCUGGAGGAGCUCAGCGCUGGGCUGACGGUGUGAAGGACUCCAAUCAAAAGCCUGAAGGCCCCAUUCAUGAGAUGAAAGAGAAGCUGCUGGGAGUUGUCCAGAGAUUCCACGGAGGGCUGCUACACAAGGCCCUGCAUGGCCCACCCAGAGAAGACCACAGACGAGCUCUGGUCAGACUGAUGGCCAGGGCCUUGGGCAUCACUGACGCCUCAGGAGGCGGGAUCAAUGAUCAGCAGGGAGUGCAGGAGGUGGAGGGAGUUCUCCUGACUGGAUCCAUGCUGGAGCUUCUCACCUGUGGAGAAAGAGGAGCCGCAGAGCUCAGGAAGAUCCUGCUGCUGCCUGAGGAGCAGCAACCUGCGCUGGAGGCCUAUCGCAGCUCAGUGUGCCGAGAGGGGCAGGGUCAGAGGUCGCAGCGCUUCAGACAGCUGAGCCAGGAGUUAAGAGAGCAGAUCAACACGCAGAGCCUCACUGAGAAGUUGCACCUGGAGCAGCCCAGCUUUUUGGCCGCCCUCUCCCCGGCGCAUCUGGCCGCCAUGUUGAAAGACCUGGCUGAUGUGGAGAGGCUUCUGAAGGAUCUGGACCUGCUCUCUGCUCUGGCUCGCCUGCUGCCCAAAGGAGCCUGUGCGGGUCAGAAGUCAGCGUCCAGCAUCGCCAACGGGACGUGGCCUCUAAACGCCACCACAUGGGGGCCCAACACCACAGACGCCUCCACAGAGGAGGGGAACCAAGGGGAACACGCAGACGGAAAAGAGGAAGCGGAGAACCCUCGUUCUCAGUUUUCCGCGUUUGUCCAGUUGUGGGCUGGACUGCAGCCCAUCCUGUGUGGGAACAACAGGAUCAUUGAGCCUGAAGCGCUGAAACAGGGCAACAUGAGCUCCCUGGGAUUCACCAGCAAAGAGCAGAGGAAUCUGGGCCUCCUGGUUCAUUUGAUGACUGCAAAUCCCAAGAUCCUCUACUCCCCCAUCGGCUCCCAGGUGGACAAAGUCAUUCAGAAGGCAAACGAGACGUUUGCGUUCAUUGGAAACGUGACGCAUUACGCUCGAGUGUGGCUCAACGUCUCCGCUCAGCUGCGGACUUUUCUGGAGGAGGGUCGACUGGAGGGCCACCUGAAGUGGCUGCAGCAGCUGUCCUCAGAGCUUCAGCAGCAUCCUCAGCUGCUCAACGGCACCGACAGCGAGCUGAUGCAGGGCCUGCUGGAGGGGAACUACACCAUUCCUAACAGCUCCACCCUACUGGAGCAGCUGGACACCAUCGAUAAUGCUGCCUGCGGCUGGUCCCACUUCAUGUCAAAGGUCAGCGUGGACGUCUUCAAAGGGUUUCCCGACGAGGACAGCAUCGUCAACUACACGCUGAACCAGGCGUACCAGGACAACGUCUCCGUGUUCGCCAGUGUGAUUUUCCAGACCAAUAAGGACGGCACCUUGCCCCCUCAUGUUCUGUACAAAAUAAGACAGAACUCAAGCUUCACAGAGAAGACCAAUGAAAUACGAAGAGCUUACUGGCGUCCAGGUCCCAACACGGGCGGAAAGUUCUACUUCCUCUACGGCUUUGUCUGGAUCCAAGAUAUGAUGGAGAGAGCGAUCAUCAACACGUUUGUUGGUCACGAUGUGGUGGAGCCGGGUAACUACGUCCAGAUGUUCCCAUACCCGUGUUACACCAGAGAUGAUUUUCUGUUUGUGAUUGAGCACAUGAUGCCUCUGUGCAUGGUGAUUUCCUGGGUCUACUCGGUCGCCAUGAUGAUUCAGCACAUCGUGGCUGAGAAGGAGCAUCGGCUCAAAGAGGUGAUGAAGAUGAUGGGUCUGAAUAAUGCAGUCCACUGGGUGGCCUGGUUCAUCACCGGCUUCGUCCAGCUGUCCAUCUCUGUCACUGCUCUGACAGCCAUCCUGAAGUACGGCCGGGUGUUGCUCCACAGCGACCCUUUGAUCAUAUGGCUCUUUCUGACCAUCUAUGCCGUGGCCACCAUCAUGUUCUGCUUCUUGGUGUCGGUGAUCUACUCCAAAGCGAAGCUGGCUUCCGCCUGUGGAGGAAUCAUCUACUUCCUCAGUUAUGUGCCCUACAUGUACGUGGCCAUUAGAGAAGAGGUAGCCCACGAUAAGAUCACUGCAUUCGAGAAGUGCAUCGCUUCACUGAUGUCCACCACUGCCUUUGGUCUCGGUUCCAAGUAUUUCGCGCUGUACGAGGUGGCUGGUGUUGGUAUCCAGUGGCGGACCAUCAGUCAAUCCCCAGUGGAAGGUGAUGACUUCAAUCUUGGACUGUCAAUGAUGAUGCUGAUCAUCGACGCUGCAGUGUACGGUGUGCUUACCUGGUACAUCGAGGCCGUUCAUCCAGGCAUGUACGGGCUCCCUCGUCCAUGGUACUUCCCCCUUCAGAGGUCCUACUGGUCAGGUAGUGGACGUGUGGAGACGUGGGAGUGGCCAUGGUGUGGGGGUGGAGCUACCAGGCUUAGUGUGAUGGAGGAGGAUCAGGCGUGUGCCAUGGACCAGCGCAGGUCAGAGGAAAUGCGUGGGAUAGAAGAAGAGCCGAGCCACCUGCCUCUGGUCGUUUGCAUCGACAAACUGACCAAAGUCUACAAGAACGGCAGCAAACUGGCCCUCAACAAACUCAGCCUGAACCUCCAUGAAAACCAGGUGGUCUCCUUCCUGGGACACAACGGCGCUGGAAAGACCACCACCAUGUCCAUCCUGACAGGCUUGUUUCCUCCCACCUCUGGCUCUGCUACCAUAUAUGGGCAUGACAUCCGCACUGAGAUGGAGCGCAUUCGCCAGAACCUGGGCAUGUGUCCACAGCACAACGUUCUGUUUGACAAGCUGAGCGUGGAGGAACACCUGUGGUUCUACUCCAGACUCAAGGGCAUGGCGGAAGAGGACAUCCGCAAGGAGAUGGACAAGAUGAUCGCUGACCUGGAGUUGUCAAACAAGCGGCACAGCCUGGUGCAGACGUUGUCGGGUGGGAUGAAGAGGAAGCUCUCUGUGGCCAUAGCCUUUGUCGGAGGCUCCAGGGCCGUCAUCCUGGAUGAGCCCACAGCCGGGGUGGACCCUUACGCUCGCAGAGCCAUCUGGGACCUCAUCCUGAAGUACAAGCAAGGCAGAACAAUUCUGCUGUCCACCCACCACAUGGAUGAGGCUGACCUUCUGGGAGAUCGCAUCGCCAUCAUCUCCCACGGAAAACUCAAGUGCUGCGGCUCGCCUCUGUUCCUCAGGAGCACCUAUGGAGACGGAUACAAGCUGACACUGGUCAAAAAGCAGCCAGAAGGCCGAGGCCAAAGCAGCCAGCUGCUGACUCCUCCCACCCAGUCACCAUCCUCCGCCCAGUCACCGUGCUCCGAGACUCGAGUCACCAAGUUCAUCCAGCAGUUUGUGGCCUCCUGCCUGCUGGUGUCUGACUCCAACACAGAGCUGUCCUACGUCCUGCCCUCUGAGGCCGUGAAGAAGGGCUGCUUCGAGAGGCUGUUCCAGGCUUUAGAGCAGAACCUGACCAGUUUAGCUUUGACCAGCUUCGGGGUGAUGGACACCACCCUGGAGGAAGUCUUCCUCAAAGUGUCUGAGGAGGACCAGUCUCUGGAAAACAGCGAUGCUGACAUGAAGGGAUCCCCAGGGGGCAGUUCUGUGGGGAAGUCGUCUGUGGGCUCGGGAGCCCAGGAGGGGCCGCAGGUGGAGAUGGAGCCCCCACAGCCAGAGAUGGAGCUGAACAAUCUGUUACUGUGCUCCAAACUGAGCCAGAGCCAGUCCUCCCUGAAGUCCUCCUCCUCUGUGGGCUCUGUGAGGGGCGAUGAAGGAGGGCUGUAUGCAGACUUCUAUGGAGACUACUGUCCGCUCUUCGACACCGCUCAGGAGUCUGACUCCGCCAGUCUAAGAGAUGAAGAGAACCCCCCAACCCCUGAAACAGUCCUGCAGGGACAGGGCAGCUUCAAGCUGGAUGGCUGGUGGCUGAAGCUGAGUCAGUUUCAUGGCCUCCUCAUCAAGAGGUUUCACUGCGCAAAGAGGAACACAAAGGGCCUUUUCUCCCAGAUCCUGCUGCCUGCCUUUUUUGUGUGUGUGGCCAUGACCGUGGCUCUGUCUGUACCGGAGAUAGGUGAUCUGCCCCCCCUGAUUUUGUCUCCAUCUCAGUAUCAUAAUUACACCCAACCCAGAGGCAACUUUAUCCCCUACGCCAAUGAGGAGAGACCCCAGUACAGGAACAAGUUGUCGCCUGACGCUAGCACGCAGAAGAUCAUCAACACCCUCCGCCUACCCUCUGGGGUGGGGGCUACAUGUGUCUUAAAGACCCCCUUCAACAGCACACUGGACCAGCUUGCCCAGACGCUGAACCCCAGUGCCAACAACUCCAAGACCCUGGCUGCGCAGUACUUUGACUCCAUGUGUCUGGAUUCCUUCACUCAGGGGGUUCCCCUCUCCAACUUUGUCCCCCCUCCACCUUCACCGGCCCCUUCAGAUGACCCAGACCCUCGUUUCGUGGACGGGCUUUGGAACUUCACACUCCCCCCUCCAACAGUCCGUGAGCCGGUCACAUCUCCCCCCACCCUGCCCCUGUCCAUCCACGAGCCGGUGCGCUGCACCUGCUCAAUGCAGGGCACGGGCUUCUCCUGCCCCAGUGGCGUGGGAGGACGCCCACCCCUCGUGAAAGUGGUAACGGGUGACAUCCUGGUGGACAUCACUGGCCGCAAUGUCUCUGAGUACCUGCUGUUCACCUCGGACCGGCUCCGCCUGCACAGAUAUGGGGGGCUGACGGUGGGAAACAUCCAGAAGUCGGUUCCUGCCUCUUUUGGGAGAAAGAUCCCUCCGAUGGUUCGUAAGAUUGCAGUGCGCAGAUCCGCUCAGGCUCUGUACAACAACAAAGGCUACCACAGCAUGCCGACGUACCUCAAUGUCCUCAACAACGCCAUCCUGCGAGCUAACCUGCCCCCCUCCAAGGGGAACCCCGCUGCCUAUGGCAUCACACUGACCAACCACCCGAUGAACCGGACCAGCGCCAGCCUCUCUUUAGACUACUUGCUCCAGGGCACCGACGUGGUCAUCGCCAUCUUCAUCAUUGUGGCCAUGUCUUUUGUUCCAGCCAGCUUUGUGGUUUUCCUGGUGGCAGAGAAGUCCACGAAGGCCAAACACCUUCAGUUUGUUAGCGGCUGUGACCCUGUCAUUUAUUGGCUGGCCAACUAUAUUUGGGACAUGCUCAACUAUCUGGUUCCUGCCACGUGCUGCAUCAUCAUUCUGUUCGUCUUCGACCUGCCGGCUUACACCUCCCCAACCAAUUUUCCUGCUGUGCUCUCCCUCUUCCUGCUGUAUGGGUGGUCCAUCACCCCCAUCAUGUACCCAGCAUCCUUCUGGUUUGAAGUUCCCAGUACAGCCUAUGUGUUCCUGAUAGUCAUCAACCUCUUCAUCGGCAUCACUGCAACCGUGGCCACCUUCCUCCUGCAGUUAUUUGAACACGACAAGGAUCUUAAAAAAGUCAACAGCUACCUUAAGUCCUGUUUCCUCAUCUUCCCCAACUACAACCUGGGCCAUGGCCUGAUGGAGAUGGCUUACAACGAGUACAUCAACGAGUACUACGCAAAGAUAGGACAGUUUGAUAAAAUGAAAUCUCCGUUUGAGUGGGACAUCGUGACUCGGGGACUUGUUGCCAUGACGAUCGAAGGCUUUGUUGGGUUCCUCAUCACCAUCCUCUGCCAGUACAACUUCCUCAGGAAACCUCCGCGAGUCCCUGUGAGCUGCCAGCCCAUAGACGAUGAUGACGUGGACGUGGCCUGCGAAAGACAGCGAGUGCUGCGAGGGGACGCCGACAGUGACAUGCUGAAGAUUGAAAACAUGACUAAGGUGUACAAAUCCAGGAAGAUGGGCCGCAUCCAGGCGGUGGACCGGCUCUGUCUCGGGGUCCGCCCAGGAGAGUGCUUCGGGCUGCUGGGAGUGAACGGAGCAGGAAAGACCACCACCUUCAAGAUGCUGACAGGAGACGAGUGCACCACUGGAGGGGAGGCUUUUAUCAACGGACACAGCAUCCUGAAGGACCUCCUGCGUGUGCAGCAGAGCAUCGGCUACUGCCCGCAGUUUGACGCCCUUUUCGAUGACAUGACUGCCAGGGAGCAUCUGCAGCUCUACACCCGGCUCCGCGGCGUUCCCUGGAAGGACCAGGCCAAGGUGGUGGAGUGGGCGUUAGAAAAGCUGGAGCUGUCCAAGUACGCAGAUAGACCCGCCGGCACGUACAGCGGAGGGAACAAGCGUAAACUUUCCACGGCUAUUGCUCUGAUCGGAUUCCCGCCGCUCAUCUUCCUGGACGAACCCACCACUGGCAUGGACCCCAAGGCCCGCAGGUUCCUUUGGAAUUUAAUCCUGGACAUAAUCAAGACUGGACGCUCAGUGGUGCUGACGUCACACAGCAUGGAGGAGUGUGAGGCCUUAUGCACCAGACUGGGAAUAAUGGUGAACGGCCGGUUCAAAUGCCUGGGCAGCAUCCAGCACCUGAAGAACAGGUUUGGGGAUGGAUACAUGAUAACGGUGAGGACCAAAAGCAGCGUCAAUGUCAAGGAGGUGGUUCGAUUCUUCAACAGAAACUUUCCUGAAGCAGUGCUGAAGGAGCGCCACCACACCAAGGUCCAGUACCAGCUGAAGUCUGAACGGAUCUCUCUGGCUCAAGUCUUCAGUAAGAUGGAGCAGGUGAUGGAGGUUUUGGGCAUCGAGGACUACUCUGUCAGUCAGACCACUCUGGACAACGUUUUUGUCAACUUUGCCAAGAAACAGAGCGACAACCUGGAGCAGCAGGUGGUGUCGCUGCCUGGUGGGGGGCAGUCUCCCCUGCAGCGCAUCCUGAGCCUCCUGAAGUCCAGGCCGGCUAACACGGAGCUCAGCGCGCUGAUCAGCGAGGCGCCAGAUGAGCUGGAGAGUGACGAUGAUGAAGGACUCAUCAGCUUUGAGGAGGAACGGGCGCAGCUCUCCUUCAGCACCGACACUCUCUGCUGAGAGCCGCACAUGCCUGUCUGAGCUCCCAGGCUCCCAGGUCGACCACGCAUGAGGAGGAGCACAGCGCAGAGGUGUCCAUGGCGUCCGCUGAGGGUGUGGCGGCGACGCCGUGCUCCUGGACUUUGACAUUUGUUUUGAGAAUGUGCGAGGGGCCGCCGCAGCCGGUUCUCCGCUGGUCCACAGCUGGCUCUGGGUUUGGACCAGACUCGCCUUUAAGCAUGCUGCAGUGAUGGGAUCUUUGAAGCCUGCCUUUCUGUGGCAACGAGGGCCCGUUCUAACGGAGGCGAGCUGGCGGCCGCUGCAGCAGAGAGCCUUUUAGCUGAUGUCAGACGCAGCUUGGUUCCUGUCCUCGGGGUGCCUCCCCAGCCCAACUUUCUGUGAUGAUGUACUUUUUGGUUUCCUGAAUGUUCAUUUGUGCUUUUAAGUCAUGGUGUAGGUGACCGUGUGUAAAUAACUGCUCUGCUGUGCAGUUGACAUUCCUGACAGCUCUGUGUCUCUUUUCAAGCGGUUUUUAUCUCUGAUCACUUCAGACUAACUACUAUUGAUGGGUGAAAUAUUUGUUGGCAUGUGGUUUGAAUGACGGCUUCUAUGGUGGCUGAGUUGUUACCGUCCUGUCGACAAUAAUCCCCUUUUCCCUCCUUUCACAGCAGAUUCCACUCCUUCCUUUGGUGAUCCUUCAUGUAUUUGGUUUAAAAUAAAACGUUAUAGUUUGAUCUCAGAAUGAAAACCUGCUCAGACGUUGUUUGUGGAUUCUAGCUUCAAAGCUCGCGGCAGCAAACGGAAACACUCGCCACUGACGGUGAAGACGAAAGAAUCAGGGAUUUAGGGAAAAACUCAAACCGACAUGAAUCUGUUUUUUAUUAUCACCAGCAGCUAAUGCCUUCAUGUGCAGUCACGAGUAAAUGUAAUUUGAUUUUGCUCUAAGAUUCAGAUUGAUUUCACUUCACCGAUGAUUAAAUGUUGUUUCAGAGCAUCA